UAGGAAAAAAUCGUCGAGUGGUAGUAAGAAUUAUUAUGAGGGGUGGAGAGGUGCAGUGAGGAGAGUGAUGAUGAAUGGUGUAACAAUGAGGAGAAUUUGGGGGUUUAGUAGGGCAAGCACUUCUUCUUCGAAGAGCAAUAUUUGCCUUUUGGGGGUUUGUUAUCAGGUUUCUCAAGAAGGAGAGGAAUCUUCUUCGGAUCCGACGCAGAGCGAGGGAUUCGCUGCAUUCGUCGAGGAUUUUUCUUCCCGGGUUUUGAUAACUUAUCGUAAAGGGUUUUCGCCUAUUGGAGAUUCGAAGUACAUUAGUGACGUAAAUUGGGGUUGUAUGCUUCGAAGCAGCCAGAUGCUCGUUGCUCAGGCGUUUCUUGUUCAUAAAUUAGGAAGAUCGUGGAGAAAAUCUCCCCACAAGCCACUCGACCAAACAUACGUAGAGAUACUGCAUCUUUUCGGAGAUGCUGAAGAUUCCCCUUGUUCGGUGCACAAUCUUCUCCAAGCGGGAAAGGCAUACGGGCUUGCUCCAGGCUCGUGGGUGGGCCCGUAUGCCAUGUGUCGCACAUGGGAGAGUUUGGUGCGGAAUAAAAAAGAGGAAAUUGAUAAUAAUGGAGUUCUGUUAUCAACGAUGGCGCUAUAUGUGGUUUCUGGUGAUGAAGAUGGUGAAAGAGGUGGGGCCCCCGUUGUGUGCAUCGAGGAUGUUUUGAGGCACUGUUCCGAGUUUGGUGGAGGCCAAGUUGAUUGGGCUCCUAUUUUACUGAUGGUUCCUUUGGUUUUAGGUCUCGAGAAAGUCAAUCCAAGGUAUCUUCCACUACUGAGUGCUACAUUCACGUUUCCGCAAAGCCUUGGUAUUUUGGGGGGUAGACCUGGUGCCUCUACAUACAUAGUCGGCGUGCAAGACGAAAAGGCCUUCUAUCUCGAUCCACAUGAAGUUCAGCAGGUAAUCGACAUUAAGAGGGAUAAUCUAGAUUUGGAUACUUCGUCUUACCAUUGCAAUGUUGUGAGGCAUAUUCCUCUGGAUUCCAUCGAUUCCUCCUUGGCCAUUGGAUUUUAUUGCAGGGACAAAAGUGAUUUUGAUGAUUUUUGUGCACGCGCAUCGGAAUUAAUCGAUCAAUCGAACGGGGCCCCACUAUUUACAAUAGCCGAGACACGCACUUUAGCAAAGCCAGCCGGUAACAACAAUACCGAAAUUGAAGAUAAAAAUAAUGCUGAUAAUGACCUGGCAACUGAGAAUUGUGCACAAGAAGACGACUGGCAACUUCUUUGAACACCGAACGAAUUUACAGCUGAAUAAGACAUUUUAUAUAUUAGAAAAAAAGAAGAAAAAAAAACCUGUAUAUAACUUUUCAAAGAUGUGAUUUGUGGUGUGUUUGUAGGGCCAACAACCACUUAGGUUACCUCUUUGAACUAUUAAAUUUGUGUGUUUAUUUUUAUUUUUAUUAAAUUUUCGACUUAUUUGUUGCUUCUAACAUACAAAGAUGAUACUCUUUUAGGUUUCAUCUCUAUAAAUUUAUUUUAUUUUUAAUUGUUGAUGAAGGAAGGAUUCAAGGUUGGAUUGUUUUACAA